UGGUUGGCUCGUUUUGAUUCAUCGUCAACAGGAUUUUGGUUAUGGAUUCCACUAAACCCUUAAACCCUCUCUUGUCCCUCUCGACUCUCAUUCACCAUCAAUGUCUCCGACUCGGCGCAGGACUCACCGCUCGACUAGACGAGACCAGACGCCUCGCCGAGAGUCUUGCCACCAACUUCUCUGCGCCGGCCACCAGGCGCUUCCAUUCGGCACCUCCAUUUGCGUCUGUCUCGCAACCCAAGCACGCGGCCGCUGCUGCCGUCGCCAAUAUGAGCUCUGAUCAGGUGGCCAGAACCCUCGUCGGCACUGCUGUCUACACGGUGAGCAAUUCCAAUAAUGAGUUUGUGCUCAUAUCUGAUUCCGAUGGAGCUAAAUCGAUUGGCUUGCUGUGCUUUCGACUGGAGGAUGCAGAAGCAUUUCUAGCUCAAGUUCGGCUAAGGAGAAGAGAGCUGAGAAGUCAGGCUAAAGUUGUGCCAAUUACUCUUGAUCAGGUAUACAUGCUGAAGGUCGAAGGAAUUGCGUUCCGUUUUCUGCCCGAUCCUCUCCAAAUAAAGAAUGCACUCGAGCUGAAAGCUGCUGACAUGAAGAGGGGAUUCGAUGGAGUUCCAGUAUUUCAGUCAGACCUCCUGGUUUUUAAGAAGAAGAACAAACGCUACUGCCCUGUUUAUUUCCAAAAGGAAGAUAUUGAAAGAGAACUGUCAAGGGUUUCAAGGGCAUCAAGAGGACCAGGUGCUUCUCAACAUAUUAUGGUCGGGAGUUUAGAAGAUGUCUUGAAGAAAGUGGAGAUGAGUGAGAAGAACUCUGGAUGGGAAGAUCUGAUUUUUAUUCCACCUGGUAAAAGCCACUCUCAACACAUCCAGGAAGUUGUUAAAGUAUGAUGUGUUGGCAGACAUUACCCCAAGUGACAAUGAGAGGUUCAGAAGGCAGAGGACAUAUUUCAUACUUUUGAGAGGCAUAACAAGUAGGUCAGCUCAUUGUUCCAACCAACUUCACUGCGCACUGCUUGCCAUCUGUGGACUUCCAAGUUCCAUGCCACCCUAGCCCCCACACUUUAGGUUGCUUACAUCUCCUUGUUUGACCUUGUCACGAGAUCUUAUGGGGGAAAAAUGUUAUUCUUGCGGAUAUGAUCUGCGACAACUUUAUCAUACAGAGAAGGGAUGCCUUGUAAUUUCGGAUGGAAAUGGUAAUAAUCUUCCAAGAAAAAGAUAGGAACUCUCGGUCUAUUGGACGCUGAAUCUUAGGCGCA